AGGAGUACUACGCUUGCGCACUUUGACAACAACGCCAUCUUUGAAAUGAAUUAGAGCUGGAGAAGAAGACGCUCUUGCAAAAAACUGUAACGUACAAAUCGAGCGUAAUCGUGUCCAGCUGUCCAUUCUCAGUAGAAUUAGAUAAAUAGUGUUGAAUUCAAGGAGUUGUCCAAAUGGCUGAUGCUGAAAAAGUUAACGUUGAUAGUGUUAUACAGCGAUUAUUAGAAGUCAGAGGGGCUCGACCAGGAAAAAAUGUGCAGUUAACAGAAGCAGAAAUAAGAGGAUUGUGUUUGAAAUCCAGGGAAAUUUUUCUCAGCCAACCCAUCCUGUUGGAGUUAGAGGCGCCCUUGAAAAUAUGUGGUGACAUACAUGGCCAGUACUAUGAUCUUCUGCGACUUUUUGAGUAUGGUGGGUUUCCACCUGAAGCCAACUACCUCUUCCUUGGGGAUUAUGUAGACCGUGGCAAGCAGUCUCUUGAGACCAUCUGUUUGUUGCUAGCAUACAAAAUUAAGUAUCCAGAGAACUUCUUCUUGUUGAGAGGCAACCAUGAAUGUGCUAGCAUUAACAGAAUUUAUGGUUUCUAUGAUGAGUGCAAAAGGAGGUAUAAUAUUAAGCUCUGGAAAACCUUCACGGAUUGCUUUAACUGCUUGCCUAUAGCAGCUAUCAUCGAUGAGAAGAUAUUCUGUUGUCAUGGUGGUUUGUCACCAGACCUACAGGCAAUGGAACAAAUAAGACGCAUCAUGCGGCCAACAGAUGUCCCAGACCAGGGCCUUCUCUGUGAUCUACUUUGGUCAGACCCUGACAAAGAGACAAGUGGCUGGGGAGAAAAUGACAGGGGUGUAUCUUUCACAUUUGGGCCUGAAAUAGUCUCUAAAUUUCUUAGUAGACAUGACUUGGAUCUCAUCUGCAGAGCACAUCAGGUUGUUGAAGAUGGUUAUGAGUUCUUUGCCAAACGGCAGCUGGUGACACUAUUUUCUGCCCCUAACUACUGCGGAGAGUUUGACAAUGCAGGAGCCAUGAUGAGUGUCGAUGAGACAUUAAUGUGCUCCUUCCAGAUUCUCAAACCUGCAGACAAGAAGAAAAUUUUUCCUAUGGUGGCCUGAACUCCGGACGACCCGUAACUCCAC